AUUAACCACUGAUGGUGAAGUGAGUGUGUCUUGUAUUUAUUGCUGAAAGAAAAUAGGUAAUUACCUAAUAGACCUUUUUUAAAGAUGGACAAGGACCGAAAACAUAUGGCUGAGAGAAUAUUAAAGCUCACCCUAGAGAUCAUCUACCUACUGACUGGAGAGGAUUACAUAGUAGUGAAGAAGAUGAUGGAAAAUGAUGAAGGGAGGAGCAGGAACCAGAUCCCUAGCAAAAUGUCUCUACCUGACUCACUGAUACGUGAGAGAAACAACUAUCAUGAGAUCCUGGACCUCAUCAGCAAGAUCACUAAGCUGCUGACUGGAGAGGUUCCUAUAAGGUGUCAGGAUGUCGCUGUCUAUUUGUCCCUGGAGGAGUGGGAGUAUUUAGAAGGACACAAAGAUCGAUACAAGGACAUCAUGAUGGAGAAUCACCAGACCCUCACAUCGCCAGAUGAAUGCAGUAAGGAAGAAACGCCAAAGAGAUGUCCCAGUCUGCGUUCUGAGGAAAACCAGAAAAUAUUACACCUUGAUCAGGUUACAGAUUUGAAUGAUAUUAAAGUGCAAGUUAUAACAGAUGAAGCAGAGACAUAUGUGGAUUUAACUGAGCUGUCUAUGGAGGCAGAAGUUGCCACAGAUAUGAGCACAGAUGAAUGUAGUACAAGGAAUCCACCAGAGGAUUUACCCAGCCCAUUGUAUUCCCAGUAUUAUCUAGAGGAAAAUCAGAACGUCUGUCAUGAUUAUCAGGUUAAACAAGUGUCUGAUAUCAAACAGGAGGUUAUAACAGAAGAAGAGUCGUAUGCAAGUGUAACCAAGUCUGAGGGGGAGGAAACUUGUACAGAUAUCUGCAGUGAUGACUGUACCAAAAAGUUGGUGGGAAAUCUUGUUUUAUCUACUGAUUAUGAAGUCAGAUAUAACAAUAUAACAGAAGACAGUGAUGGAGAACAUUCCCCAACAAUCCUUACCACAAAUAUACCCUUGGGUCUUCACAGCAGAGAUCUAUUUACUGAUCCCACUAAUCACUUGGAACCAUCUUCAUCAUCUGAUCCAUCAAUGAUUGAUAAAAUUGUUGAUCACAGUAUCGGAGAUUCAGAGGGUAAAAUAUUUCCAUGUUCUGAAUGUGGGAAAUGUUUUACCAAGAAAUCUAAUCUUUCAGUGCAUGAAAGAAUUCACAGAGAUGAGAGACCAUUUUCAUGUUCAGAAUGUGGGAAAAGUUUUCGCCAGAAAUCAGUUCUUUUUAAACAUCAAAGAAGGCACCGUGGAGAGGAGCCAUUUUCAUGUCUAGAAUGUGAGAAAGGUUUUCAACAGAAAUCAGAUCUCAUUGUACAUCAAAGAACUCACACAGGAGAGAAACCAUUUUCAUGUUCUGAAUGUGGUAAAUGUUUUAUGCAGAAAUCUGUUCUUGUCACACAUCAGAAAAUUCACUCUGGGGUAAAGCCAUUUUCAUGUGUGGAAUGUGGGAGAUGUUUUACCCGAAAGCAAGAUCUUUUUAAACAUCAGAUCACUCAUACAGGGAUGAAACCUUUUCCAUGUUCAGAAUGUGGAAAAUGUUUCACUACAAAAUCAAAUCUUGUUGAACAUCAGAAAACUCACACAGGGGUAAAGCCAUUUUCAUGUCCAGAAUGUGGAAAAUGUUUCAUCCAGAAAUCGGAUGUUGUUAAACAUCAGAAAUGUCACACAGGGGAGAAACCAUUUUCGUGUUCUGAAUGUGGGAAAUGUUUUGCAAGGAAAUCAUGUCUUAUUGAACAUCAAAGAACUCACACAGGAGAGAAGCCAUUUUCAUGUCCAGUUUGUGGGAAAUGUUUUAGCCAUAAGUCCGCCGCUGUUAAACAUCAGGUAAUACAUGGAGUGGGGAAGCCGUUUUCAUGUUCUGAGUGUGGAAAAUGUUUUGCUAAGAAAUCUCAUCUUCUUGAACAUAGCAUAAUCCACACAGGGGAGGAACCAUUUUCAUGUUCAGAAUGUGGGAAAUGUUUUAGCCAGAAGUCCGAUCUUGUUAAACAUCAGAGAACUCACACAGGAGAAAAGCCAUUUUUAUGUUCUGAGUGUGGGAAAUGCUUCACAAGAAAAUCAAGUCUCAUGGAACACCUGAGAAGUCACACAGGGGAGAAGCCGUUUUCAUGUCCAGAAUGUGGCAAAUGUUUUAGCCAGAAGUCCGAUCUUGUUAAACAUCACAGAACUCACACAGGGGAGAAGCCAUUUUCAUGUUCUGAAUGUGGGAAGUAUUUUAGACAGAAAUCGGUCCUAGUUAAUCAUCAAUUAAUCCAUACAGGGGAGAAGCCAUUUGCAUGUUCAGAAUGUGGGAAAUGCUACAGCCAUAAAGCCGCUCUUGCUCAACAUAAGAAGCGAAGCCAUUUUAAUGUUCAGACUGUAGUGAAUGUUUUACCUCAGAUGUAACCCUCCAGAGAAACUUCAUAGAUCGGAAUAUCCUUAGUAAGCACUUGCCAAUUAUGGCAGGAGUUGCGGAGAAGCGGCUUAUGUCUGUUGUUUAUCUAACUCCCAUAUAAGUUAAUGGGAGCUACACUUUUUCCAGUGACCCUGGAGGGAGGUAGACAGCAUAGCACGCUGGUGGAAAUGGAGAACAACCCUCUUGAGCAUUUCUGUAACACCGCUCACCAUCAGCUGGCACUUACACAUAAAAGGCUGAGAUAGUAAUAACCCAAAACCAAUUAAUUAAAGGGCACCUGGUUCCCUGUACAGCUCCAGAUUACAUGCUACAUUCAUUUGUAACCCCUUAGUCUCAGGGGUGACACACUGGUUCCCUGUCUUUUUUCUUGCCAUUCCUUCUAGGCAGUCAUCAAGACCCAGGAAACAUACCUUAUUUUUUGCCCUAUAAGACGCACCUAGGUUUUUGAGGAGAAAAAAAAACAAAAGGUGUGCUUUUGGUGGGUUUUGAACUAAUGGUGGUCUGUGGAUGGCGCACUGUUAUGGGG